ACGUUGGAGAAUUACUUCAAGGAAUGGAUUAUUCAAUAUGAUAAACUUGGGUUGGUUAAGUGGAAAGCUGAUGAGAACAUGUUGAAAAUGAUAUAUAAUCUUCGGAAACCAUUUCUGUCAUUACUUGUGGUACUUACGAUGGAUUACGAACAGAAGAAUGGAGUUCCACCUACAUCAAAAAUUCUACGUGGUCUUGUCGCAGAGAAGAUGAUGACUAUUCUUUGUAUUGAUGGAAGGCAGGAGCGAAGAUACUGGACUGGAAUGUGGAGAUUGAUCGAAUUACUUCACAUAACUCGAUGUCGGGUGGAUUUUCUUGUGAAGGCUUGA